AUGCUCGUCGCGUCCUCCACGAGGAGCCUCAUGCCUGGGGAGACCUCCUCACCAGUCAUCCUGUGGCACGGUUCGGGUGGCCGCUUCUGGAACAACUCGACGCAGAUGCACGCCAACACGGUUGCCGAGUUCUUCAUAGAUGACACCAACGCCGACUACUACGGAGUGAACAUCGCUGGCGGGUACGACACCGGGCUGCGCAUCAGCCCCUCCUCGAGGGAGUGCUCCCCGGUGCAGUGCUCGUUCGACAUGUCGGAGUGCCCAGGGGACCUGGUUGAGUACGACGGUGGCCCGUACCUCAGCGCAUGCAAGAAGUACCUCACGGCUGCAUCUUGCUGCACAUGGCCGCACAACACCCCGCAGUCCUGCCCAGCGAGCCGCGAGGCACUGUACUUCAAGGGCCUCUGCCCCCAAGCCUUCACGUACACCUUCGACGACCACGCAUCCUUCCACACCUGCCGAGGGGCGCUCUCGUACACCGCUCGGCGUACGAAGGGCCCGCACCAUCUGCCGUAUCUGCCGAUCGACGUCCAGCGCGGGAUCUUCUCGAAAGUGCCGGAUAUCGAGCUCUUCAUCAAGGGAGAGCUGCAGCUGCAACACUAUCUGAUCAAGCACGAAAUGCUGAGAGAGCCGCAGCUGUGUCUGGCUUGGGCCGCACGACAGGGGCAUGCCACGUUAGUGCAUCUGCUCCUCGGGGCAGGAAUAGAGCCAUCUCCCCACACUCUGAAGUUGGCCGGGAUGGGCGGCCACGCUUUCAAGGAGUUCUCGGGGUCCAACGGAGCUCUCCUCGAGUACUACCUGAACCGUGGCGAGUUCUGCGAGGCGGUGCGCUUCUACGACUUUGCGCACGACGUCCCCGACCGAACGUUCGAGAACACUCUCCGCAGACGGCUCUUUCGCCGAGACGAACCAUUGAGAGACGAGGAGGUGUCCGCCCUCCUGCGAUUAUGGCCCGCGGCGAAACAUUCUUUCGUUUACUGGGGGGCGGACAGGGGUCUACCCAGGUUGCUGCAGACGGGGCUCGAUGCCGGAGGGCAUGCGGACAAUUCGGGCGGCGUAAUAUGGAAUGCCCUGGAAGAAGGCCACGCCGAUUGCGCCGAGAUCCUCGUCCAGUCCGGCGCCGAGGAGAUAACGUUCGAAUCUUACAAAGGACCACGCGCCUUUAGAAACAUGUGCAAGAAUGUGCACGUCGAGGCUCUUCGAUUAGCACUUCGGUACGUGCAACCGUCCCAAAACGAACUGGACGACGCCUUGGAAGAUGCCGCAGACGCCGGGCGCACGGGGGUGGUCGAUGUCCUGCUCCAGCACGGUGGAAAUCCUCGAGAAGCGGCGAUCUUUGCCGCCGCGAGUGGAGGGCACUUAGGAACGUAUCGCACGCUCGUGGCAGCAGCACUCCACCGAGCUCGGAACCCUACAAUGUAG